CUUAUAAUAUUAUUCAUAAUUUAUUAAAAAUGUCUCGAAAACAAAGUGCAAAAGAUAUUUUAAAAACUAUCGGCCAAGAUUCAUCCCAUCAAUCUAAAUCUUCUAUUUCGACUUCUAAACCAUUACCUACUUUGAUCUAUAGAACACGUAAAAGAGUUAUAUGCAAUUGCCCAAAGUGUAAAGGCAAGUUUGUUAAUCCUCGUACAAAAAAGCAACACUCUUUAACUACUAGCCAACAAUCAUCUCAAACAGAUUUAAAUGAGAUAAGACAACCAGCUUUAUCUAAAGAAUUAAGUAGUCUAAAUAUAGAAAGAGAUGAUAAUGAACUUUUACCUAGCCUUGAUAUAGAUAACUUAUCGUUUUUACCAAAAAAACGCCAACAAACAUCAAAAGAAUUGGCCGAAGGUAUUCGAUAUAGCAAUAUUAAUGAAUUUGAAGAUUAUUCAGCACCAAACAUUGAUUAUGAAAAUGAAUUUCAACCUAGACUUAGAAUACUAUCUAGUUUUGAUGAUAUAUUAAUUUGGCUAUUAAAAUUUCAAAGUGAUUUUAAAGUUCCUGAAACAGCUACUGAAAUUUUAAUUAAAUAUAUUCGUCAACUAUUAUGUAAGUUUGGUGAUGAAAAUCUUUUUAAAGAUUUUUUAACCUUAAUGUAUAUGCUUCGAAAACAUCUUAAAAUCGGUAACUUUAUAACAUAUUCAGUAUAUCUAAAAUGUAACAAACUAUAUACUGAAAAAGAGGUUGUUGAUUCAUGA